AUGGGAGUAGAAAAGGACACACCUCAGGUGGUCUCUGAGGAGCCGGAGACUACCUCAUCCUUGCAAUCGUCCAAGAGCCCUCGUACAAAUGAUGUCGAUAGAAGGCGACCACCACCUCUGGCCGCGAAGCUGAUUGCUGUCGUUAUUAUCUCUUGCAUCAGCUUUGGCUCCCACUGGAGCAGCGGUGUUACCGGUGCCAUGAAGAGCACAAUCAAGAAGCAAAUGCAUGUGACCAACACCCAAUUCUCCCUUCUCGAAGCUAGUGAGAACUUCAUGGCUACCCUUCUGCUUCUCGCAGGCGGCAUUGUCACGGAUCGAGUUGGUGGUGCUCGGAUGAUCGUUUAUGGAAAUGUCGUGUAUACCAUUGGUUCCAUUCUGGUGGCUGCUGCUACCACAGUGCGCUCAUUUAGAUUCAUGGUCGGCGGAAGAAUCAUCCUCGCACUUGGCGACAUUGCGACCCAGACAGCACAAUACAAAAUGUUCUCCUCUUGGUUUCCGCCCAGCAACGGAUUUGCUUCCACGCUUGGAUUCGAGCUCGCCAUUGGAAAGAUUGGAGGAUUUGUCGGCAAGUCCACCGCAAACGUGAUUGCCAAGAAUACUGGCAAUUUUGCCUGGGUGUUCUGGACCUCUGUCUUCAUGAAUCUCUUCACGAACGCAGCCACCGUGUUCUUCUGGAUAUUCAACCGCUACUGCGAGAAGCACUACCGUGGUCGCGAAGACAAGGCGACCCAGGAAGAAUUGGUGGAGAAGAAUAAGAAGUUCGAGAUCCGGAAGAUGUUCCAGUUGCCUUGGAUGUUCUGGGCCGUGAUGGCCUUUUCGAUGUUCCAAACCAGUACCGCCAGUGUCUUCAGCUCCAAUGCGACGGAAUUGGCCGAGAAGAGAUUCAAUGUCGACGCCAUCAAAGCUGGCUGGUACAGCGCUUUGGCUCAAUAUGCUGGCUUCUUCCUUGUUCCUUGCCUAGGCGUUUUCAUUGAUAUCCUCGGUCACCGAGCCUCAGUCUUGUGCGUGUGCGGUCUCGGAAUGUUCAUCAGUAUGAUCCUGGUCAACUACGCCUCAGCGAAGCAGGGAACUGCCGCGGCGUUUGGUAUUUAUGCCGUUGCGGUGUCGUUGGGACCGACCUCUAUCAUCGACGGUAUCCGUACCACUCUCUGGCAUCAGUCAGUGUUUGGGUCUGCGUACUCCCUGAAAGUGACGAUGAACAAUGCGUACGUUUCUCAACGUUCUCCAAACAGAGUCAUGACCAUUAUCAUUGGUAUCAUCACUGGUGCCCUUCAGGAUGCCGAUAACGAUUCCUACCAUCGCGCCGUGCGGGUCUAUCUCUUCCUGGCGGUCUGCUGCGCCAUCGUCUCAAUUGUUCUCCUGAUCGGAUCCUAUGUGGGUAGGGAUCUGGCGCCCCUGCAAUGGUCACGGAAGAAGCGUCAUGCUUUGGGCGCGGAGUUCUUCGCGAUGCUACAGCAGCACCACCUCGUCGAGCAUUACGAGCGGAGCAAACGCAUCUCGAUCGGGUGUUUCACAGCCUUGUUGCUGCUCACGCUGGGCAGUUGGGCUGCGUAUAUAUGGGGGGCCGUGACGGGCAACAACUCAUAA